CAAAGCAUGGCUCAUGGGCGAGGCUGUGAAUUGAGCAGCAACCUACUGCAGUAAGUGAAGUCCAGAGUGAUGUCUGUGUAACGCAACUGUACCACGUACUGCAGUUUCCUCGAUGAACGACAAUGAGUGAUUCCAGUGAAAGUAGACGAUUCCCAUCCGAUGCUCGUCUCCGUGGGCCUCAUUCAGUCGUUCAGACAGCAAUUGAAGUGACAAAGCUAACGAGAAGCUCGUCAGUUACAAUACGAUUUCUGUGGGCCCAGUGGUGAAGAAGUCAGAGUUCUUCCUUCAAAGAUUGGAGACUACUCAAGAAUUACGCAGUUUUUUUUUUUUUGUUUGGUUGUUGGUUUCUUGUCUGUCUGGAUACAGAAUUAUAUCAUUUGCAGGCCAACACAUUUGAUGCUCACACAUUACCAAGAAUUGUGUGAGCAGUUUUGCAAUCUGCCUGAGGGUGAGGUUUUAGGCCUUUUCACAUCUGAUGAGUGUGGGUGUAAAGAGAUCGGGGACAUCAUCAAUUUUAAGGCUUAAGUUCUGAAGGACCCUGGAAAGAGAUUUGAGAGCUUCGAGUCUCGUGGAGCGAUCGGGCUAGUAGUUAUCGGUUGAUUUGGGGAUUGAAGAAUUGUAUUGGAGACACUCUGCUUGGAGACACUCAUUUAGCCCAACCAUGGCGUUGACGGAGGCGGGCAAGUGGUUGGAGGAAUCUUUGCUCAAUUUGUCGUCAGAUGUUCGAUCUGGGCUUCAGCUGGAUGCUGAUCUGGUGUAUAAUUUGGUUUCCUACUGCGAAUUGGCUUCACCCCCUGACGCCAGCGAGUACUUAAUGAACAUUGUCGUAGAUGACAGAUGCAAUGACAUUGUUGCUGAGUACGUGCGCCGAAGAGGUGGAGGCCCCACCAGUGUACCUGGAGAAACUUUGCAGGCUUACGUCAAACCUCGAGAAGACGAGUCCUGGUCUGCAGGAAGUAAGAAACCACAGAAACAGAAAGCUGAGGGAAAUGCCUCGGCCCAGAAAAAUGCCGACCGAACCUUGUCUUCAUCAACAGCCACUGGAGCAACGGCGUCACAGAAUUCAAGUACUCAGAAAGGGAAAACCGCUGGUGGUAAGGGGAAAAGAGGUGGAAAAGGAGUCAGCUUGGCAGAAGCUUCGAAAGGACUGGUAGUAUUUAGCCGCAGUGGCCCAUGUAAUUGCCAGUGUACAAGACAUAAGCUCAUUAAUAACUGUCUUUCCUGUGGAAAAAUAGUCUGUGAGCAGGAAGGGGAAGGGCCAUGUGAGUAUUGUGGUGCUCUAGUGUUGAGAGAGGGGAGUGAUUAUGCAGGCCUUGAAGGUGUGGCUGUCCCACCAGCAAGUGAAGCAGAAAUCAAAGCAGAGGAGUUUAAGAACAGGCUGGUAGAGUAUGAUCGGUCUUCAGCAGCCCGUACAACCGUCAUUGAUGACCAGAGUGACUACUUCCAGAUUGAUGGUAACACAUGGCUCACUGACAAGGAAAAGCAGCUUCUGAAGAAGAGACAAGAAGAUGAGGAGCGCAUUGCCGAAGAGCGCAGAAAGCGGGUCGUUGUCACAAUCGACCUGCUUGGUCGUAAGGUUGUUAUGGCAGGUCAAGAAAAUGGCGAGGACGGGGUUGGAAGUGUUUCUAUUCUCGGAGGUGACAUGUUUGUUGGGAAGGACGUUGCGAACGUGCCCCGCAUAAAGCCCAACCCUUUUCUAGAAGAGUCACCUAUGUUCGUCGACGGCGGAAAACCUGCUGUACCGAGUAGAUCAGGAAAAUGGGCGCAGAAUUCGUCUGCUGCGGGAAGACUAGCAGCUAAGAAGAGUGCAAGAAUUCAGCACGACGAUCCGAUUGUAGAGGCUCUGGUUGGCCACAAUCUUCAAGAUAUCGGCAUUUCAAAUAUAGAUGAGCUAAACAAUGCUUGGCAGGCUCCCAGGGCGAACGCUUCUGCUCCGGUUGAAGAGGAUGAAAAGUUCGCAGAAUGUAGAAGCGAAAUGAGGGGACUCGGUAUAGGUGGUGCAGUUUCUACUACAAGUAGUAUUGGACCUUCACAUGCUGAAGAUAAAAGUGCGCCUCCGAUUUUCGAUAUCUGCCUGCCACGAAAACAUGGGAAACAUAACCCGGUGGUGUUGGCACCGUCUCUUAUCAAACAGAAACAGACAGACAGGAAGGAAGCAUUAAGCGAGUCUUACAAUCGAACAUUACGUCCGGGUAUGAUUUUGCUCAAGAAGUGGUUAAGUGUUGACCAGCAGGUCGACAUUGUCAAACAGUGUAAGCUGCUGGGUACAGGACCUGGAGGAUUUUAUCAGCCUCAGUAUGACGAGAAUAGUAAGAUGCAUUUAAGGAUGAUGUGCUUAGGAAUGCAGUGGCAACCAACCUCUCGUGCUUAUGAAAGCCGGCGUACCAACUAUGACAACGCGAUGGCUCCACCACUACCGGAAUCAUUUUUGAGAUUGGUUGAAAAAGCUAUAUCUGUAGCCAAACUACACAUAGCUCAGGAAUCUGGAGGGAAGGCAAAGAGAGUAGUAAUCAACGGAAAUUCUCCUGUGCCGGAUAUGGUGCCGAAUGUUUGCAUCGUAAACUUCUAUGAACACAGCGGGAAUCUCGGAAUGCAUCAGGACAAGGACGAAAGCCCAGAGAGCUUGAAGAGAGGUAGCCCUGUCGUCUCAUUUUCUGUGGGAGACUCUGCGGAGUUUUUAUAUGGUUCAGAUAAUAAUGUGGAGACCGCAGAGAAAUUGGUGCUAGAUUCUGGCGAUGUUCUAAUUUUUGGCGGCCCAUCUAGGAUGAUUUAUCAUGGAGUAUCCAAAAUUAUCAGGGGCUCAGCACCUGAAUCUCUUCUUCAAAAGUCGAACUUGAGACCUGGCCGGUUGAAUCUUACGUUUCGCGAGAACUGAGUGUAACGCACGUCUUAUAAUCCCUUUUUUGCCACCAAGAGAUAUGACGUGUACAUAGUAAUAUCUGAUCUUUGUGACUGAUCACCCGUUCUGCGUGAUACGCUCACACACAAGUUGUUACUGUAUAUACUGACUUCUAUGAAGUUGUUUCCACGUGCAAUUCUCGAAUGAAAAAAGUCGCGGAUGCAUGCUGUUCAGCAGAUUUGUUGUCGAGUGCGC